AUGGCGGCCGACCAGAUUCCCCUGUUCGCGCCACUGCUCAUCGGCAGCGACAUGGACUGGAAAUACUCUACUGAACGUCAGCAAAACGCUUGCCUCGCUAUGGUGGGCCAGAAAUGCCCAUGGGCACGGGGAAAGGGCUUAGGAGGAUCGAGCGCCAUAAACUUCAUGCUGUACGUUCGUGGCAACCGGCGCGACUAUGACAUUUGGAGAAACGAGUACGGAGCAGAAGGUUGGGCUUACAAUGACGUGUUGCCGCACUUCAAGAGCAUUGAAAGAACGAUGGUUCCAGACCAUGAUGGACCUUUAUAUCGUGGCACUGCCGGGGAAGUGCCUGUCAUGUAUCCGAAUGAGAGAACUAAAUUGAGCGCCAAAUUCCUGAAGGCCUGCCUUGAAAAUCACUACCCCAUCGUUGACUACAAUGGACAAUCCCAAGCGGGAUGCUCGAGGGUACAAGCCAAUAUACAAUACGGUAAGCGCUACAGCGCUGCGGAGUCUUUCAUCAACCCAGUCAUGGACAGACCAAAUUUGCACUUGGCGAUGAAUAGCCACGCUACAAAGGUAUUGAUUCAGGGAAACCGUGCCACCGGAAUUCGUUUAGUCACUGAUGUUUGGACGACCGACAUCAUGGCUACCCGCGAGGUCGUGAUCUCAGCCGGAGCAGUUGGUACGCCACAGUUGCUCUUGCUCUCCGGAAUCGGCCCCAGGCAGGAUUUGAAUGACCUUCAGAAACCCGUUGGCAACAACCACGAGUUGGGCUCUGUCGACCAGGGCUUUCUGGUUCACCAGGUCAGAACAGCUGAGCAGGGCUGCAUCCCAGUACUCCCGGGUGGCAUUUGCUUUUAG